CAAAUGGUAUGGAAAAGUAAAAUUAAUGGUAAUGAAUACUAUCGACAAAAGAAUUAUAAUCACAACUCAUAACUAUGCACGUGCUAAUGUCUAUCCACCAGCUCAAGAUAUGAUGGCAUUAAGCUGGAAUGAUGAAGCACAAAAAUUGGCAGAAAAUUGGGCAAUUAGUUGCAUAACAGGACAUGACAAUAUAUCAGAUAGAACACCUAAAUAUUUCAAAAAAUAUGGAUGUGGACAAAAUUUAGCAUACACAUCACAUUUGGGCGGUUGGGAUGAUGUUAUCAAUGCUUGGGAUGCUGAAAAAUAUAGUUAUAUUUAUGGAGGACCACAAAAAACGUUUUAUAGAGAGGGCAAGCCAUAUUACCCGACUGUUGCACAUUACGUGCAAUUAGUAUGGAGUAGUUCGCAAUAUGUCGGAUGUGCUAUUUCUUAUUGUCCCAAUGAUCCUCGCGGGUUAUACUUUCACUGGGCUUGCAAUUAUUGUCCGAAGGGCAACACACCGACAGAAAUGGAUCACCCGUAUACCGCGGGGAAGAGUCAAGGUUGCACAAAAUGCUUGGAAAAUGGAAGGUGCGAGACGCGUGGUUCAUUCGCGGGGAAAUUAUAUACCAAAUGCGACAAAACGUGCCAUAACAGUUACGCUCGCUGUGAAGAAUACUAUCGUAAUUACAAAAACAAUAAAUAUUACAAAGGAAGAUUUAAGCACCAUUGUCCCAGAGAGUUCGAUGACCGCUGCAGAGAAAUGUAUGGAAAUCGAUUCACAUUAACAAACGAAGUCCAAUGAUAGCUAAUUGGUUCCACGCAUCGAAACUUUACCUAAAAAAUAUAUCGUUUAAAUCGCUAGAACAAUCACAGCUCAUUAUAAGGUAUUUCUGAGCUCACGAAUUUAUUCUUUUCCCCAUUAAAAUUCUUUACAAUUUAUAAAACCAAUU